GAGAGCACUGGCUAGUUCAGCUUCGUCGGAGGGAUUCUCAAGAACACGUGAUGUUACACUCGGCUUUGGCCCUCUGCCUCUUCCUGGUUGCAGUGUCUUCCAACCUUGCCAUUGCCAUCAAAAAAGAGAAGAGGCCUCCUCAGACACUCUCAAGAGGAUGGGGAGAUGACAUCACUUGGGUACAGACUUAUGAAGAAGGUCUCUUCCAUAUUCAAAAAAGUAACAAGCCAUUGAUGGUCAUUCAUCACUUGGAGGAUUGUCAAUACUGCCAAGAACUCAAAAAAGUGUUUGCCCAAAAUGAAGAAAUACAAGAAAUGGCUCAGAAUAAUUUCAUCAUGCUGAAUCUCAUGCAUGAGACCACAGAUAAAAAUUUAUCACCAGAUGGGCAAUAUGUGCCUAGGAUCAUGUUUGUGGAUCCUUCUUUAACAGUCAGAGCUGAUAUAACUGGAAGAUACUCUAAUAGACUGUACACAUAUGAACCACAGGAUUUACCGAUAUUGAUAGAAAACAUGAAGAAAGCAUUGAAACUUAUUCAAUCAGAGUUAUAAGAGAUUACCUCAAAGAGGUCGAAUGUCAUGAAGACAACCUUCUGGUGAACUCACUAAUACUAAAUGUGCAACUACAUGGACUCUGUAAUGUUACCAUUUAGCUAUUUAAUGUGCUUGGUAUAUUCUUAUGAAGGUAAAGUUAUAUUUCAAUAAAGGUCACAAUCUGAGCAUAACAAUGUGGUAGCAGCUUGACUUCUGUCUGCAUCAGUAGCAAAGGAAGUUGGCCACGAACUGGGAGUUAGGUUAGGGUAGAGAAAGGGCCUCCAGAAGAGAUACCGCCAUACACUGGUCGUCUUUAUUUCCUCACCUCCCUAUCCUCCACCAUGUGAUCUCACCUUAAUUCUGCUCCUCCACUGUACUGAAC